AUGGUCCCAAAUACAACCCAUCAGCAUAUGGGGAUUAUCCGGUUGCUUCUCCAUUUCGGAUGGACGUGGGUUGGUCUGUUUGCGGCAGAUGAUGACAAUGGAGAACAUUUUGUGCAGGCCCUGGAGCCCCUGCUGUCUCAGAAUGGACUCUGUUUAGACUUCACAGAAAGAAUCAUAAACCAACCCGACUGGCAUAGUCAGGUUAAAAUUGAUUAUUUCAUUUCAAGAAUAUACCAUUUUUUUACAAGCAGCACAGCCACUACAUUUAUCCUCCAUGGAGAGCCUAUGACCAUUGUACUGUUGAACAGUUACCUGCUUCGAGGGGGCAUUCAGAGUAAUGACAAUACAUCCUUUGGAAAGGUGUGGAUUAUGACAACCCAGAUUGAUUUCAUAUUAACAGGCACUCAAAUGGGAGCGGACUUCCAGUUGUUCGAAGGUGCCAUUUCCUUCACUGUUCAUUCAGAUGAGAUACUUGGGUUCCCGAAAUUCCUUCAGACUGUGAAACCUUGCUGGAAACAAGAAGAUGGUUUUCUCGAAGAUUUCUGGGUGCAAGCAUUCAACUGUUUUUAUCCAAAUUGCAGUAUGCCCUUAAAAGCUGAUGGAAUAUGCACUGGGGAGGAAAAGCUGGAGAGCCUUCCUUGGCCCUUUUUUGAAAUUCGCAUGACCGGCCACAGCUACAGUAUCUAUAACGCUGUCUAUGCUGUGGCACAUGCUUUGCAUGCUAUGUAUUCAUCUACAUUCAACCAGAGAGGAAGGGGAGGGGGCAAAAGAGCUGAGCUUCAAGAUCUCCAGCCUUGGCAGCUCCACAUAUUUCUUCAAGGCAUUUAUUUUAAUAACUCAGCUGGACAAACUCUGUCCUUUAAUGACGAUAAGGAAAUGAGAACGGGAUUUGAUAUAACGAACAUGGUGACAUUUCCAAACAAGUCUUUCAAUAGGGUGAAAGUUGGAAGUAUGAAUCUCAAUGCAGUUGAUGGACAAUUCAUCAUUCGUGAGGAUAUGAUUUUAUGGCACAGAACUUUCAACCAGGCAUUACCCCUUUCUGUGUGCAAUGACUACUGUCCCCCAGGUUUUCACAAGAAGAAGAAGGAAGGGGUGAAAUUUUGCUGCUAUGAUUGUGCUCCGUGCCCAGAAGGGAAGAUUUCAAACCAGAAAGACAUGGAUGACUGCAUCAUGUGCCCAGAAGAUCAGUAUCCGGUCAAAGACCAAGAUCAAUGUGUUCCCAAGAUGAUAAGCUUUCUAUCUUAUGGAGAACCAUUGGGAAUGAGUUUAGCCUCAGCUGCAGUUUCUUUUGCUGUGAUUACAGCUUUGGUUCAGGGAACUUUCAUUAAGUACAAAGAUACUCCUGUAGUCAAAGCCAACAACCGGGAUGUAAGCUAUGUUCUCCUCAUCUCCCUUCUCCUCUGCUUCCUCUGUUCUUUGCUGUUUAUUGGACGUCCUAGGAAGGUGACCUGUUUACUCCAACAAUCCACUUUUGGGAUUGUCUUCUCAGUGGCUGUUUCUUGUGUUUUGGCCAAAACCAUCACUGUGGUUGUAGCUUUCAUGGCCACCAAACCAGGAUCCAGUGUGAAGAAGUGGAUAGGAAAACGAGUUGCCCAUACCAUCAUUCUUUCCUGCUCUCUUAUUCAGGUGAGCAUCUGUACUGUGUGGCUAGGAACAUCUCCUCCAUUUCCAGAUUUGGACACACAAUCAUUUACUGAAGAGAUUGUAGCAGGAUGUAAUGUAGGAUCUAUCCUCAUGUUUUAUAUUGUGAUAGGCUACAUGGGACUUCUGUCCCUCAUCAGCUUGACUGUGGCUUUCCUAGCCAGGAAGUUGCCAAAUAGUUUUAAUGAAGCCAAAUUUAUCACCUUCAGCAUGUUGAUCUUUUGCAGUGUUUGGGUAUCCUUUAUUCCAACCUACCAGAGCACCAAAGGGAAAUACAUGGUGGCUGUGGAGAUCUUCUCUAUCUUGUCUUCCAGUGUUGGGUUAUUGGCUUGUAUCUUUUCACCUAAAUGUUACAUUAUUGUGCUGAGGCCUGAACUGAACAAGAGGGACCUGCUCAUAAAGAGAAAGAAUUAA